AUGGAACCCGCCCUGGCUGCUUCCGCUCCGGGGUCUGGAGUAACGGAGCCUUCUGCAUCUUCUGAUACUCGUUCUGAUACCAAGACACCUCCUGGCACAUCUGCAACUUCUGCUGCUGCAACCUCAACCUCUUAUUACCCUGUCGAUAAUAACGCCGACUCUCGUCCGUCCUCUUCAGCAUCGAGCCAUUCGUUUCAACUCCAAAAAGAAUCAAACGUACCCGCACCCGCUCCGCGAUCUUCAGGAACUCUCGCUCGAUCUCAGACGGUCGACGUCCUGCCCGGCUCGUCCUCCGUCCCCGGCCCCGACUCUGUCACCUCGCCUUCCGGUUCUGUUCAAUCCUUUGGAGGGUUCAUCAAGCGCAAACCUCUCUCCUCGUCCGCAUCGGCGAUUGCUCUGCGCUUCUCGUCAUCAGGAUCACCUGUGCCGUCGCCCAUUGACUUGCCAUUACCGAGCCAAAGGUUCUCUAGGCCUGAACUUAUCGACAGUCCUACCUUUUACGAAUUUUCUUCCGCUUCUCGCAACGGGCCGCAAACCGCCCAAGCUCCCGACGUCAACCUGGCGUCCCUUGCCGCGACAACCCCUGGAACACAGAACAUUCCAGGACACAGCCCUACUGCCUCCAGCUCUGACUUCUCAGAUGUCCUGGAUGGGUAUGACGAUUUGAUAUCCGAAUCCAAAUCAGAAUCUGGACCAGACGUUACUCACGAGACUAUCCUUGAUGGGAGUGACACAGAAAACGAUAACGACGAGAACGAAGACAAGAAAACCAAAAAUAUUAAUUCGAGGGACAAAGAAAUUGUCAUUGUUCCUGACCCCGCCGAACCAACACAGCCAAAAAACCACUCUGAAGUUGACUCUCAAAGAGCUCAAUCGCCUUCAUCCGAUAAUACUAUAUCACACCCAAAACUGGCUCCCGCUCCCAUGUUUGUUCCAAAGCAAGCUCCGCCACAUCUCAAGCUCGACAAGGUCACAAUUGACGUUGCGAACUACGACUCAUCACCGGAUGAUACCCAUUCACCAUCUGGCCAAAACACACCAUCGCCUCAGCUCAACAAGCCUUUGCCCAAGUCGCCGGGCCAGAACUCACCAUUUGCUUCUCUCUUCAACUGGGCAGCGCCCUCACCUUCACCUUCUGCGACGGAAUUCUCGUCCGCAUACUCGCCGUUAUCUCCUUCAAAGUACGGCGCGGCCAAUGAUACGGUUAGCAACCCUCAACCCAUCGAUCAAGAAUAUGCCGCCAGUGUAACGGAUAUCUUGACUUAUCGUAACUCAUACUCAUCGGUUCUACAGUCCCCCGCUUACGCGCAAAUCGACGAAAUGGAAGACGAAUUAAAAGCCAUCAGCGCCGAGCUGGCAAGCUCCAUUCGGCGCGAGAUGGACCUGGAAGACCUGGUAGACCGGCUCCAGGAACAGAUGAACAACCCCCAGGCCCCUGGUAAGAGGUCGAGCGAUUACUACUCCGACUCAGGUUACAGUUCGGCAAAGUUGAGCGAGACCGAGCCGAGUCGAGAGGAACUUGAAAAGAUUCAAAGGAGGUCUGAACAAGAGAAGGCUUCGAUAAGAUUAGAACUCACAAACAAACUCCAAGAUGAGAGGGGGAGAAGAAAAGAGCUUGAUCAGCAGAUCAAGGAACUUGCCGAAAAGGCGUCGCAAGUUGACCUUGUCCAAAUGAACAACCAAGACGCCAGUGGACGACUAAAGGAUCUUGAGACCACCUGCGGCGACCUCAGGAGGCGGUUAUCAGAGGAGCGCGUUGUCAAGAACAACUUCGAGGACCUCAUCAACGCUAUCCGAGGAGAGCUCCACGAGGCUACCAGCGAGCGAGACAACCUCCGCGAUGAGGUUGUUCCCCAGCUGAGGGCUCGUGUCGAGGGCCUUGAGAUAGAGGCUGCUGAAUACUCCAACUUGACCUAUGAGUCUUCAAAGAUGCAGCAGGAACUCCACAUGCUCAGGAAGGAAUACGACGUCUUGCGAAGCGGAUCGAGACCUGGUUCCCCUACGCCGUCGCUUAGCAACACUCGCAUGUCUCGUGCCAUGUCUGGUGGCUUCGGUGGCGGCCUUGCUAGAUCCAACUCGGUCGCCACUGGCUCGUUCCGUGGCCAGCGCCCUUCAGGUCUGUCUAGAUCUAACAGUGUUAAAAACGUGCAGACCGAGUCCAGAGAAGCACUCUCCGAGAGAUUAAAGGAUGUCGAGGCUCAGAGAGAUGCCCUUCACAGCGCCUUGAAGAACCUUCUCGACCGUCAGGAGUUCCAAAACCGCGAAAAUGAGAAGAAGAUUAGAAUGUUACAGAAUGAACGGGAGAGGCUCCUUUCAGCAAACCCACGCAAGGCCGGCUUCGAACGAGAAAUCUCCAACCUUCGUACUGAGAUCAACGUUUUGCGUCGCCGAGCUGAAGAUGCCCUUGAGCAGAAGUGGCAGGUGGAAAGCGGUCUUGGUGGUCUCAAAAUGGAUCUGGAUAAAGCCGAGCAGGAAAUUGCCCUGCUUCGCGCGCUCUUGGAGGAGAAGGACAUCCUUAUUCCCCCCUCCUUCGCUCGUUCAAGUGGCUCAAGCACUGGAAGCAAUUCAUUCGGUAGCACACCAGUAACAUCCGAGUCGCUUGCAAAGGCAUAUGACCAAUUGAAGGCCGCCUAUGCUGAGUCGCUUGAACGAAUCAAGGAACUUGAGCAUGAGACCGGAGCGGAUGAGAGGACUCAGCUUGCUGUUGAGCGUCUCGAGCACACUCUUUCCAUUGCAGUCUCUGAGCGUGAUGCCGCCAAGUUUGAAAUUGACAGCCUCAGAAGUCAGUACGAGACGAUGAGCGAACUUGAGACCAAGGGUAUCGAGAGUGAACGCGCUCUUGCUGAUGAGCUCAAUGACUCGGCCCGUCGGGUUGGAGAGCUCGCCUCUCAAGUCCAGCAGCAGCUUGCAGCCAACGCACAGCUCCGAGAGCGCCUCUCAAACGCUGUUAUUCGAGGCGACAACGAUCGUAAGAGCAACUCGGAUCGCAUUGCUGGUCUCCAAGUUAGCCUCAAGUCCAUGGAGGAGAAGCUUAUUGCCGCCCAAACAGCAUCCGAGGACCGAGUCAACCGUCACGAGGAUGAGAUUACCGCUAUCCGCGACGCCCACAAUGCUCAGCUUCAGCGUAUGAGCAACAAUGCCAGCUUCUAUGGCCCUCGAUCUCCUAGCUUCCAGGCCAACCGCAAGCCUUCACUUCUCAGCCCCCUGUCACCUCGAUUCCCUGGAUCGCUCCGGUCCCCACGCUUGAGCGAGAAGUCCUUCGAGGAAGCUGCGCAGAUGGAGGUACUCCGCCAGCGAGUGACUGAGCUAGAAAAGGCGCUCGAGGACGCUGAGAAGGAUAUGCAAGAUGUGAUUGCCAGAAUGAGCACAGCUCAGAUUGAGGUGCUCACCCUUCAAGAUGAGCGAGAGGCUGCCGUUCGUGAAACACGACGCCUUCAAAAACUCCUUGAGGAGGAGCAAGUUAAGUCUUUUGAGGACAGAUUCAGGACGCUCAGUGGCAACGUCUAA